AUGCAAAAAUUCAGAAAGAGAACCUUCACGGCUGUGUCGGCGCAAAUCUGGCAACAGCUGACUGGAAUGAACAUCAUGAUGUAUUAUAUUGUGUGCAUUUUCCAGAUCGCGGGCUACAACGGCAACACCAACUUGGUGCCUAGCCUGAUCCAAUAUAUCCUCAACAUGGCAGUUACAAUUCCUGCCUUAUUCACAUCAGAUCUUUUAGGAAGACGCACCAUCUUGUUGGCUGGUGCUGCAUUGAUGAUGGCCUUUCAGUUUGGCGUGGCGGGUAUAUUGGCCACAUAUUCUGAGCCAGUGUUUAUAUCCGAUACUGUGCGGAUCACAAUUCCUGAAGAAAACAAGUCAGCAACCAAGGGUGUCAUUGCAUGCUGUUAUUCUUUUGUUCCUUUGCAUCUUUCUGGGGCGUUGGAAUCUGGGUUUAUUGCUGGGAGAUAUAUUGGAGGCAUGGGGCGACUGGCAAUUCAGAAAACGUGGAGCUUUACUUUCCACCUCUGCAAACUGGAUCUUCAAUUUUGCCAUUUCCAUGUUCACGUCUUCAUCAUUAGAAACAUCACUUGGAAGGCCUACUGUAUCUACGCUACUUUCUGUGCAUUUGCAGAGCUCAUUCAGAAACUGGAAAUCUCUCAUGAAGGAAACAAGAUAUGA